UGAGCCUCCAGCAAGUAAGGGAAGCCGCUGCAAGUACAUGGCGCAUGCGCAGAAGUCGGAGCGUAGUUGAGUUUCGGGCUCUGCAGUGGUUUGGGAUUCUCCUUGAACAUUUCCAUCUGGAGGCCAGUUUUAAGAGCAGUGAAAGCCACCAGCUCUGUGCUCCCGGCAGGAUCUGCCGCACCCUCCUGGCAAUCGGUCCUGAAAAGUGGCCUGCCCCCCGAUGAGCACCCUGGGUUUACUUCGAGGUCCCGCAGCGCUGGCCAGAGUAUGCUCCGGGCCUCAGGGCCUUGCGCUUGGGGAGAAGUGGAGGCUGCUGUCCCCGGGAGGCCCUGCAUCUGUGCUACAAGUGGCUGGCAAGAAGGACUUACCUGCCCUGCUACCCCUGGAGGAGAGCGAGCUGGAAGAGCAGUUUGUGAAGGGACACGGGCCAGGGGGCCAAGCCACCAACAAGACCAACAACUGCGUGGUGUUGAAGCACGUGCCCUCGGGGCUGGUCGUGAAGUGCCAUCAGACAAGAUCCGUGGACCAGAACAGGAAGCUGGCUCGGAAAAUCCUACAGGAGAAAGUGGAUGUUUUCUACAAUGGUGAAAACAGUCCUGUUUGCAGACAGAAACGAGAGGCAGAGAAGAAAAAGCAAGAAAGGAAGAAAAGAGCAAAGGAGACUCUAGAAAAAAAGAAACUUCUGAAGGAGCUACGGGAAGCAAGUCGAAAUCCCGUGGAGACAACUGCCGGUUCCGACCGGGUCAGCCGGGACGCGUCCAGGGAAUAACAGUGCAAGUCCCCUCGGUUUGUAAAUGAUGCAUGAGGGCAGGCACGGUGCGCAUGCCUGGAAUCCAGCAGGCGGGAGGCUGAGGCAGGAGGAUUGCUACCCGCUCAAGGCCAACCCAAACCAAAUAACAUACUAAACUGGAGCAAAUACUGCUGCGCACUUAGAGAACGAAACUAUGAAGAGUCACAAGCGUCACUAUAAAAGGAGAGUAGCCGCUCCUCUAGGAGGAAGGGGAACUGUGCGCAGCCCUUGGUGGGGCUUCCAGGUUGACUGGCAGAGUUGUUUUGCUUUGCAGGACUGGGGAUGUAACUGCCGAGUUACAUCCUAACCCUUUUUGAGACAGGAUCCUCGAGGUCCUCCUGCCUCAGCCUUCUGAAUAGCUGGGAUUACAAGUGUGUGCCAUUGCCCACAGCCAGGGUUGACUAUUGACCUAGGCAGUAAUUAGAAGGGUGUCCUUUCAAGAAGUCUCUUGCGCUGGAGCUGGGGCAGAAUGCUCACCCAGCAUGGCUGAAGCCCUGGAUUCCACGCCCAACAAUGAGGAAAAAAAAGAUCUCAUUGCUGGCCCAAUUCCUGGAGCUCAAAAGAUCUUCCUGUUUCAGCCUCCCACAUAGCAGGAACUACAGGAGUACUCCACUGUGCUUGGCAGCCAGGCUUGGUGGCUCAUGCCUGUAGUUCUAGCACUCAGAAAGCUGAGGCAGGAGGGUUGCAAGUUCGAGGCCACCUGGACUAUACAGCCAGACCCUGUCUAAAAAAAAAAAAACAUUGCUUAGGAAUAAAAAUACUUGCAAAAGCACUGAUAUUAGCAAGGUCUAUUUGUGGAGAAUUCAAACAAACGUGAAUAGCAGUUAGUGGGGGCCUCUGCUCUGCUCGGUGUUGGUAACACGGAGAUAAAGAGCUGAGGUGUUACCUAGGCGCUUGCCAUUGGCUCCAUCAGCUCCCUGGCCUGGCAGCCUGUGGCUGCUAAGUCAUCUCCCGAUGCCCCACAGCACUGACGCUUUGGGAGUGUCUACUUUCGUUUCCUUUCAAUGCUGGGAAUCAAGGGCCUCCCUGCCACACUGCACCCUCAGCCCGGCUGCAUAUUUCCCAUCAUGCUGAGCGAGGAUCAGUGCCGCCAGACCCAGCGUGUGUUACUGACCAAAGAUACGGAAACCAGAUUUUGGAAUAGUUGGACACGUGCAGGCCUGAGCAGCCUCCUGCCCAGGACAGCGGCAGAGCAGUGGCCACUGGCCAAGUCAGCCACUCAGCCUUGAGUCUUCUGGCUUAUUUCCGAGCACGUGUGCAAGUGUGGAGUCUGCCGCUGCAAACACACCCUGCCUCCGAGCAAAGCACAGUCUGCCCCAGCCAGCUGGGGUGCUGGAAACUGUCCUUCAACUUCUAAGAAUGGGUUUUAAGCACGGUGGUGCACACCCAUAAUUGCAGCACUUAGGAGGCUGAGGCAGGAGGAUCAGUACAAGUAUGAGGCCAGUCCGGGCUAUACAGUGAGUUCAAGGCCAACCUGGACUAUAUUGAGACCCUGUCUCAAAAAGUAAACCCCAGGGGCUGGGGAUUUAGCUCAGCAGCAUAAGCACUUGCUUUGCAAGCAGGCGGUUGUGAGUUCUAUCCUCGGUACCGAUUAAAAAAAAAAAGUAAACCCCAAAAAGCCAGGGGUGGGGAAGGUCUUUAAGACAGCACAUCAGAACUUUCCAAGGAACCCACAUCAUCAUACAAAUUGUUAAUGAAAAUAGCUUUAUUACAUCAAGUAAUAAAUACAUACAAAGAUGCAAA